CAAUAUGUCAGCCAUGGUAUUGGGUUUAAAUGGAGUUGACAUGGAAUUUCAACUUCAAGGUGAGAAAACGCCCAAGGCGUCUGAUCUUCGGCUGAAUGACUUGAUGGCACACCUAAGAACCAAAGUUGGUCAGUUGAAGUCAUGGGAGGAUACGACAAAAUCUGUCCGAAUGUCCAUGAUGGAAAAGCGCACAAUGCUAGACAGUUACGAUCGAAACCAGUUGCAGAAGUGUCUUGACAACUUGCAGAGAGCUAUAAAAGUGACAUCAGUACAAACUAUGGUUGAAAGAUUAGAGGGUGUGUCAAGGCAGCUUGGGCUGAAGUUCACAGCAGGGCCAUCUGGCACGGACUGCUUCAUCAGUACAGACAUGUUCUACGUGGAGGUGAUGUUGGAUCCUUCUGGUCGAGUGAAGGAUGUGAAAAUCGCUCACCAUGGGGACCCCGUGAGUUGCGAUGAAUUGGUGCAAGUAUUAACACGAGGUGACUUUACAAUAUUCACUGAACAUCUACAGGGCUUGGCAGCUAUAUACCAAAUCAGUUCUGAGAAACACCAGAAGACUAAGGGAUACUUGGCACUACAGUCUCUAGAAACAGAUCUCACAAUGCUAGCAGAAUUACAAAAUUGUUCCAUUCUUGAUGUAUCUGAUCUAAUACACAAGUCACCACUUGGAAUUGUACAACCGAGAAGAGGAGGGCGUGCACUCAAGCUCGUAUAUCUAGUUUCCCCCUAUGAGCUUCUGGAUGUGAAGGAGAAGACGUCCAUCAUGCUCUCCGUGGAAAAUGUGGUGCAAAAAAAGAUUGGGACAUCACUGGCAGUAAACAUUGAAGUUUCCACCUCUCACAAACUUCAGACCAGAGCACUCAUGUCUGUUGCAAAAACUCUGGAUGGAAAAAGUUUGCCAUCAUUUGAUGCACUAAGCAACUUGAACAGCUCCACGUUGCCUGCCUGCUUCAUACUGAAUCUUGGUCAGCCCGUUCCACUGGCAUCCUGCCUCAUCCACAAGAUCCAAACGAUAACGAACGUGGAGUUUGCAGACACAUCGCAAGCUUCUCCCUUACUUGGCUUGUUAGUUAACAACUACUCUAACUCAACCACAGAUCUGAGGAAAGGGCUCUAUGUCAAUCUUCCUGACCAGCACCACUGCUACUUCAUGAAUGAGAAUCGGGCUCUGACGGGUGUGAUGGUGGAUAAGGUCCCAUUCACUCAUCCCACGCACGUGCCUCAGAUCAUCAGCUUUCUGAGACAGCAAGCACUGUUCAAUUGUGUCAUGGACAGUUGUAUUAGGAAAAAUGCAAAACAAGAUCCGGGAAAUGCUACAAUGUUUGAGGUCACUCCAAUGUCAGUGCAGUCAGUCAACAUAACAUUCCAACAUCCCCUAGAGGAAUCCAUAGCUACAGUUCAAUUGGAUCUGAGUGACAUUCCGCACAUCAAGUGUGAAGUCGAAAUAGCCAUUGGCAGCGAGCCUCUAUGUGACAAUGAGUUUGUCACGAAAGUUAUGCAAAGGUGUUGGUCGAUACCUAUUACUAUGCGAUCUGUGAUCAAGAAAGCAAUCAGCUCAGGAAAAUCCUCACUGCCGGACUUUUCGUUCUCGAUGGUAUCGACACAGGCCGGGCAUCCCGACCAGGGACUGAUGUUUCCAGACCAGUACAGCGACACCAAUAGCAACGAAGUGAAGUUCAGAGGCGAACCGACCGUGAUGCCGAACGUUCCGAAUACGGUAUACUCCCAGUACAGCCUGUCGCAGCCGCCUCCUCAGUUUUCGAUCGAUCAACAACAACAACAGCAGCAACAAGCACAACAGCAGCAACAAGCACAACAGCAGCAACAAGCACAACAGCAGCAGAGAUCGACGCGCUGCAGUGUGACAAGGACGGCGGCGAGAACCCGCUGCUCGCCAACCUCCUGCACGACGUCAUGGUGCGCCAGAAGCCGAGCCCCAUGCUCAACAACCUGCUCAGCGACCCGUCCGCCGCCGCCGCCGAAAACGAGCCCGCGUCAAUGA